AUGCCCAAACCAGUCGCCCUCGUCAUCGGCGCCUCUCGCGGCAUCGGCCGACAGAUAGCAAUUGACCUUGCGCGCAAUGGCUACGCUGUCGUCGUCGCCGCCAAGUCCACCGAAGCACAAGAAACAGAUCUCCCCCCCUCCAGCUCCAAGCACUCGACCAUCACCAGCGUCACUCGCGAAAUCAACGACAUACACCACGGCACCGCAACCGCCAUCCCCGUCGACACGCGCUCCAUCACGCAAAUCGACGCCCUUUUUGCGGCGGUAGAGCGUCUCCACGGACGCCUAGACGUGCUCAUCUACAACGCCGGCGCAAUCUGGUGGUCGGCCGUGGAAAGCACGCCGGUGAAACGCUUCCAGCUCAUGCAGCGCGUCAACCCGGAGGGCCUGUAUGCGAGCAUACAGGCGGCAUUGCCCCUGUUUGCGCGCAAUGCGUGGCGCGGCAGGAUUGUCGUGGUGUCGCCGCCGAUUUAUUCGCGGUUUUUUAGGGGGAAGACUGCUUAUGCUAUGGGCAAAGUCGGUAUGAGCGUCUUGACGAAAGGAUUGGCUAUGGAUUUUGUCCGGCAGGGCCGGAAGGAUAUGGCGAUUACCAGUUUAUGGCCUGCGGUGUCCAUCGAAUCCGCCGCGACAGAGGACAUGGUGCGCAACGACCCAUCGGCACAGAAAGAUCUGCGAAAGCCGACCAUCUUCUCCGACGCAGUCCUGGCCGUGCUCAACGCACCCGCGGAAUCAGUCAAUGGCCUGCUAGACCUCGACGAGGACUUUCUGCGGCGCACCUGCGGCGUCACGGACUUUUCAAAGUAUGCCGUUGUGCGCGGCAGUACGCCGCGGCGGAUUAUGCCGGCUUCGUUCCCCGUGCUGGAGGUUGAGGAGCAGGACGAUGAAGGGCGGAGGAUGGACAGUGUGGUGUUGAGGGGGAAGAUUUGA